AUGGCGGUCAGAAUCAACCGGCCGGACCUGCAGUCGUUGACGGACGUCGUUAACGCUGACGGCCACGCGUGGCUGAAAUACGGCGAGAAGCGCAUCAGCAAGAACACGGUCAUGAGGUCUUAUUACAAGUGUACGUGGUCGCGAGCUCGCAACCCGUGUCGCGCCACCAAGACUGUUGAUUUCGACCCCAGGCGCCCGCGACUCACUGUGGUUCGCGCGCGCUUCGCGCACAACCACGAGGCCGGCGCCUCCUGCCCUCGCCCCGCCGCCGCCCGUCGGGUCCCCCCGCCGCUGCACAUCUCCCGCGCCUCCCCUUCCGCCCUCCGCGCCAGAUUCUCUGCCAACGCAGCGAGGGAAACUCGCGGCGCUGCCGCUGGCGAAAACUGUUCGCCGGUUUCGCAGCAGUUCGCCAGCACUGGCAAUCAGCCGGCGACCCGAAGUUUGUGGUCGCCCAUGUCGAUUGACGAUUCGCCCAUUGGGCCGUUGGACGCGGCGCUAAACGCGGCGAUGUCGCUCCGCAGCAGCCCCGCGUGCAGCCCCCUCGCGAGCCCUCUCAGCGUGGGCGCACCCUGCGACGCAUGCGACAGGCCGAGGGACAGAGCGAGCGACAGGGCGAGCGACAGGGCGAGCGACAGGACGGCUGGUGACGUGGUGAUGGGUCUUGGCGAGAGUGCAGUACUGAGGGAGCAUGCGGGAGAGGAGAGUCGGCACGUGACAGACAUAGCGGUGAUAGGAGGGGCGCCGGCACGCAGUCACUCCACUCGCAACACGGGUGCUGGCGCUGCUGUGCGUGGCGCCAGCGCUGCUGUCUACCUCCCUGUUCACGUCGCGACUCAUGCUGCUGCGCGCAUCACAGCGGACGUCACGGCGAACGUCACGGCAAGUGCAGAUCCGUGGGGUGACAGCAACAGGGUGGCAGUGAGCGGGCGUGUAUCGGAGCUGCAUACAACGAGGGUGGGCACUCUGGUUUGCGCAAACGGCUCGGCGUGGGCCGACCAUGGGGGAGGAGAGCAGCGGGUUGCGGUACACGUGUGGAAGGGAGACCCUGCCGUGGGCUCGCAGGAGUAUGCGUUCGGUGCUUCCUCUGUUGCUGCUGCCGCCACGCCUGCCCGUCCAACCCAUGCCUCUGAUCCUGCUGAUCUAGCCCGCGCCCCUGUAUGCGACCAUGCCCGCUGCAGUGCAUGUGCGGAAGGGGGCUUUCAAACGAGCCAGUGCCGCUGCAACCAGGAGGAGGGGGAGGAGCAGCCAUCAUUGGAGCUCUCACUCAGCGCCCCUGGAACGUGUCGGGGUCGAGAGGCCGUGGAGCGUGCUGCCUGGGAGAGAGACGUCAAGGCAUGGGGAAGAGCGGCCCCUGUGCCUGUCACUCAAGGACAAGUGCCCCGUGCGCAGCCAUUGCCUGCACCAGCAGCAGCAGCAGCACCACAACCACCAGCGGCACCACAACGACCACCAGCGGCAGCAACAGCGCUUCCACCAGCAGCAGCAGAAGCAGAAGCCGCAUUCUUGCCGGGGCCCGUGUUUGCGAGCACACAGAGCUGUCUUGCCUCACAGGCUUUCCCCAGCCUUGUGGCAAGCCCACCUGACCUCUGCAUGCCCCCCCUGACUGCUGCCGCUGGUGGUGAUCUUCUGGAGAGACGGGAGUGCCUUGAUGUGCCGCUGCUGCUGUCGCAGCUGUAUCAGCCGUGUCAGCCGUCUCAGCUGUGUGGUGCUGGCAGCUUUGCUGCUCCAAGCCGCUGCUACCCACACACAGCCUCCCUGGUGAUCGCUGCUGCCACCAAUACCUGUUUCCAGGAUGGGUCUUUCCGCCCGUUCCUCCUCCCGUUUGCGCUCGGCGCGCUGAUGGGCUCGCUGCUUGUCGCCGUCUCGCUUCUCUCCGCCAAUCCCCCCCGCGCUGGCCCCUCCGCGGCUGGCGCGGGGACGUUGGGGGGAGCGGGCGCAAGGGGGAAUGCAGCAAGUGGCGCAAGCGACAUGGAGCGCGGGGAAGGGGAGUUGUUUUCGCGCGGUGGUGUAACGAGCGGUGUGGUAACCAGCAAUGUGGUAACCAUAUCAUCGUCAGGAGGGGCUCUGGAUGCCGUUGAUUCUUUGCCGGGCCUGUCGGAGGGGUUCGGCUUAACUCUGACGGACCUGGAGCAGAGCGACCCCACGCGCCUGGCGCUCCAGCUCAGCAACCGCCAGCUGGCGGCGCUGAUGGCUGACGUGGCGCAAUGGGGGGCGAGGAGCGGCGCCAGCAUGGACGGCGUGCUGGGGGCGGCCAGGGAGCACCCCACUGCGUCCGCCCUCUGUGCUGCUCUCACCACUCUUCUGCCCAUCGAACCCGCUUCCGUUUCCUCCCUCACUGCUGCUGCUGCUGCUUCUUCUGGAAAUUUAGGAGGGGGAGUGGGAGGUGGAGGGGGAGGGAGUGGGAAGGCAGGAAGGGAAGGGGGUGUGUGGAGGGGAGGGGGGGAGGGCAUGGGGAGGUGCAUGGCGCUCAUGUGUCAAGUGGAGCGGCAGCAGAUGAUGUAUGCUCGAGGUGAUAAGACGACUCACACAUCAUCUGCUCUGCUCCCUUUUGAGUCGACUCAAAAGUCAACUCUGUUUACUCACCUAAUGGACGACUCACACAUCGCCUGCUCUGCUCCCUCUGUGCACACGGCAGCAAGGGAGGAGUAUGAGGAGUUGGUGCGGGAGAGGGGCGCGUGGGAGGUGGUGAGGUUGCAUCGGGAGUGGGUGGAGGCGCGGAGGGAGUGGAUGGGACCUGCUCGCAGCACCAUGGAAGCACUUCAGCGCCUCAUGAGCAUGCCGCCUGGUUCUGGUAUGUGGGGACUUAUAAUGGUGCUGCAGUGGAUGCAAUGA